AUGACCAACUUCUUAGUUAUCGAAGCCCCAUCCUCGUAUAAUGACAUACUGGGGUGCCCCACCCUGAAUAGCUUGAAGGCAGUGAUGUCCUACCUUGAAAUGAAGUUUCCCGCCGACUUGGGGGUGGGAGAAGUCCGCGGCGAGCAGGUCUUGGACCGGGAAUGCUACAACCUAGAGCUGAGGCACGAGGUCAAGGUAGUCGCGACAGUUGAAAGGACAGAAGAAGCACUUAAGCCGGUGGCUCAGAAAGUCAAGCAGAAACGACAAAGCUUCAGCGCUUGGAAGUAUGGGACGAUAGUUAAGGAGGUAGACUGUCUCCAAAUGGCAAGGUUCAUCAAGGAGGUCUAUUACCCAGAAUGGCUAUCUAAUGUAGUUUUGGUAAAGAAUGCCAAAGAGAAGUGGCAAAUGUGUGCUAACUUCAUCGACCUGAAUAAAGCUUGCCCGAAAGAUAGCUUUCCCUUACCAUGCAUCAACCUGAUCGUGGAUUCGACAACGGGGCAUCCCUUCCUUAGCUUUAUGGAUGCCUAUUCUGGGUAUAACCAAAUCAGAAUUAACCUAGAUGACGAAGAGAAGACAUCAUUCGUAACAGACCGAGGCCUCUACUACUACAAAGCAAUGUCGUUUGGCCUCAAGAAUGUAGGGGCUACUUACCAACGACUAGUUAACUGA